UAGAACAUAAUAAUCCAAAAAAAAAAAAAAACAUGUGUGUGUGCAAUUGUUCUAACUUCUUAAGCUAUCAUCAAAAUUGUGUAUAUAAUAAGGUCGGCAUUACGACUGUUUGGAAUGCAGGGGACAUCUAGAACUAGGGAUUAUAUUAUUCUAGUUUUAGCCUAGGUAGAAUUAUAUAAAUAUGAUGUUGAAAUGAAAUGGUUAAAAGACUUUUUUUCUUUUCUCUUUUGAAAAUAACAGAAUAUGAGAAUAGCAACGGUCACAUGCGCGGGUGAAAAAAAGCAAUUCUCUAGGAAUUGAAGCGAACCGUGACAUUAUUUAAGCACUCACAUACUCUUUCUAAGCUCCAUUAUCCUCUUCUUCCUUCUUCACUCUCAAUCUUCUUCUUCACUGCAAAACAAAUGGAGAAAUCAUCCUCAAUGAAACAAUGGAAGAAGGGUCCUGCUCGGGGUAAAGGCGGUCCACAGAACGCUCUUUGUCAGUACCGUGGAGUCAGGCAAAGGACGUGGGGCAAAUGGGUAGCUGAGAUCAGGGAGCCCAAGAAGAGGGCAAGACUUUGGCUCGGAUCUUUCGCUACAGCUGAAGAAGCAGCCAUGGCUUAUGAUGAAGCUGCCCUGAAACUCUAUGGGCACGAUGCAUACCUCAACCUACCUCAUCUUCAGCGGAAUACGAGACCUUCUCUGACUAACUCUCAGAGGUUCAAAUGGGUACCUUCAAGGAAGUUUAUAUCUAUGUUUCCUUCUUGUGGUAUGCUAAACGUGAAUGCUCAGCCUAGUGUUCACGUUAUCCAGCAAAGACUAGAGGAACUUAAGAAAACUGGACUUUUAUCUCAAUCCUAUUCUUCUAGUUCUUCCUCCACCGAAUCAAAGACUAAUACUAGCUUUCUUGAUGAAAAGACCAGCAAGGGAGAAACAGAUAAUAUGUUCGAAGGUGCUGAUCAGAAGAAACCAGAGAUCGACCUAACCGAGUUUCUUCAGCAACUAGGAAUCUUGAAGGAUGAAAAUCAAGCAGAACCAAGUGAGGUAGCAGAGUGUCAUUCCCCUCCACCAUGGAACGAGCAAGAAGAAACUGGAAGUCCUUUCAAAGCUCAGAAUUUCAGCUGGGAUACGCUGAUCGAGAUGCCAAGAACUGAAACUACAACAAUGCAAUUCGACUCCAGCAAUUUCAGAAGCUAUGAUUUUGAGGAUGAUGUAUCUUUCCCUUCCAUCUGGGACUACUGCGGAAGCUUAGAUUGAGAACAAGCAAUUCAUGGUAGAUCAGAUUCAGAAGUACACAAAUGGUUUGGGUUUAGUGUAGUGUUCUGGAAUAGGGAAAUAGGUAGUAAGAGACUAAGAGUGCAGUCUAUUAUUAUGCAGCAAUAAAACGAGUCAUUGUACUUCUGAAUAUGAACUGAGUUGUUCGCUUUUUUUGGGAUGUUAAUGAGGCAUGGUCACUUUUUCGCAA